UGAGUUCUCCGGCCGGCGAGCUUACGUCAGCCUCCGUCCUUCCGUCGCGAACGUUGUGUGCUCGUCUGAUCGGCUGAGGCUGCUUUGGCACUGAUGGAGGCUACGAUGGCUGCGGGUCCGGCGACCACCGCCACCAGCACGGUUACUAACAGCGACGGGAUCCUUAUCGGCGACAAGGUUUACUCCGAGGUCUUUCUGACCAUCGACAACUCGCUGAUCCCCGAGGAGAAGCUCUCGCCGACCCCGUCCAUGCUGGACGGCCUGGACCUGCACACCGAGACCGACCUCCGCAUCCUGGGCUGCGAGCUGAUCCAGUCCGCAGGGAUCCUGCUGCGUCUGCCGCAGGUGGCCAUGGCGACCGGACAAGUCCUGUUUCAUCGCUUUUUCUAUUCCAAGUCGUUUGUGAAGCACAGUUUUGAGAUUGUCGCCAUGGCCUGUAUCAACCUGGCUUCGAAAAUUGAGGAAGCCCCACGUCGCAUAAGGGACGUCAUCAAUGUCUUUCAUCACUUAAGACAGAUCAGAGGCAAAAGGAGUUCAAGCCCAUUGAUACUUGAUCAGAACUACAUAAACACGAAAAACCAGGUGAUCAAAGCUGAGCGGCGCGUGUUGAAGGAGCUGGGUUUCUGCGUCCACGUCAAACACCCGCACAAGAUCAUCGUCAUGUACCUGCAGGUCCUUGAAUGUGAGAAGAAUCAAACGUUGGUCCAGACAGCCUGGAACUACAUGAACGACAGCCUGCGCACCAACGUGUUUGUGAGGUUUCAAGCAGAGACCAUCGCCUGUGCCUGUAUUUACCUUGCGGCCAGAGCUUUACAGAUUCCUCUGCCGUCUCGGCCACACUGGUACUUGCUUUUCGGAGCCACGGAGGAGGAGAUCAAAGACAUCUGUAUCACCACUUUGAAGCUCUACACAAGGAAAAAACCAAACUAUGAUUUACUGGAGCGAGAGGUGGAGAAAAGGAAGGUGGCUUUGCAGGAGGCUAAGCUGAAAGCUAAGGGGCUGAACCCAGAUGGCACGCCUGCUCUGUCCACAAUGGGUGGAUUUUCUCCUGGAUCCAAACCAUCUUCUCCCAUGGUGAAGGUGGAUGAGAAAUCUCCAAACCCUCAGGUUGUGAAGACUGUGAAGAAAGAAGCUGAGGAUCGGCCCCAAGGCUCCAAGAGUCCUCAUAAUGGGCUCAGGAAGGACAGUAAACUGGGUCGGAAUAGCAGAAGUGGGAGCCGUUCUCGUUCAAGAACUCGCUCGCGGUCCAGAUCGCGCUCUCCUAGGCGACAUUACAACAACCGGCGCAGUCGCUCUGGCUCCUACAGCUCCCGCUCCCGCAGCCACUCGCACAGCCGCAGCCCUUCGCCAAGGCGCCAUGCCAACCAUGGUCCCCUUUCCCCUCUCCUGCCGCACCUGAAGUCCAAGCAGCGCACAGACGAGCUGAAGCUCCACAGUCGCCACAGCCACAAAAGGAAGCGCUCGCGUUCAGGCAGCAAACCGCGGGGGGAGCGCGAGAGGGAGCGCGACAGAGACAGGGAGAGGGAGCGCGCGUCGUCCGACCUAAGCUCCAAAAAACACCGGCACGAGAGAGGCGGCGGCAGCGGGGGGCACCACAGAGACCGUCGGGAACGGUCACGCUCAUACGAACGCUCGCACAAGAGCAAACACCACAGUAGCAGCCACUCGAGCCACAGCCGCCAUCGACGCUGAGAGACUGCAUCCCCGAGUCCUGUGUGAAUGGGUUUGUCCAGCUGUAUGCGUUGAAGCCGUCAGAGUUGAGGGGUCAAUUCUGAUCACAAUCUCCCUCGUUUUAUAUUUUAUUCUUCUUUUUUUUUUGGAUAAUCUUUUAGUUCAAAUGUAAAGUGAAGGACUUGAAUUACAUAUUUACAGUGUAAAGAGUUUAAACGCUGACGUAUUACAAAGAAUGCUUUGAUUUAUAAAAGCAUCAUUUUGUUGAAGUGGGGAAGGGGGGAAAUCACUAACUUAAGCAAAUGAUUUCAGGAAAGACAUCAAGACUUUGCACGGGUAUAGUUAUAUUUACAGAAAACGAUUUCCCUAGGGAUAGACCAUAUUUUUUUACAGCAAGAUGCAGACUUUUCUUUUUCUUCAAUCGUGGUGACUUUGUUACACUGGUUUUAGUCUGCACGUGUUCACGUCGGAUUUUUACUCAAUAAAAAAGACUUCCUAUUGAAA